AUGGAUACAAUUCAAAAAAAUGAUAGUAUAAUUCUCAAAGGAACUAAUUUUAAAACAAAACCUGUUUUUGGCUGUUUCAAUAAUUCCGAGCUUGAUACAUUGAUAUCCAAUUUGAUGAUGAAAUAUGGCAAAUCUGUAACAAAUGAUCAACCUAUAAAGGGAAAAGAUGUUUUUUAUUGUGGGGAACAAUGUACUCCAAAAUUUAGGCCAGUCCCUAUUCGAUUACAACCUUACUUUCGCCCUUUUUAUUAUGAUGUGUUAUUAGUGGUUGGUAGUGAUGAGCGUGAUACCCUUGUUCUCACUUCUCCUAUUGCUGAAAAUGUAAGAAGAUUACUUGGGUUUUCUAGGUGGUCAAGAAGGCCCGAAAACCACGAAUGUAUGUUAAAACAAAUAGAAAAUAAAGUUAAAAUUAUACCUUUAACCUACGACUGUACCUUCUAUAAAUUAGGAAAAGAUUGGCAUAAAACUGUGCAUCUACGCAAACGCGACGCUGUUGAACUCUAUGUGGUACCAAAGCCAACAGAUUACUUCCCGAUGCUCUUUGUUAAUUGUUCAAAUGAUAAUAUCAGAAAUAUCUAUGACAAUGUUACUAACCUUAUGUUAGCUAGAAACAACCCAGUACAUUAUUCUCCGUUUAUUUUUACUUGUUGCAUAUUUAGGCCAAUCAUAUUCAAUAUUAUAGACGAUAAGAUCGACUACAAGCAACGUCUUCCGAACAUAGAUGUGACAGAUGAAGUGUUUGUCAUACGUAGAGAAGAAUGGUUAGUGCAUGACAGGAGACAUUUGAUUUCUGAUUGUAGAUGUCGCUAUAAUAAUGCCGUUGUCCCAAAGGAUCAAGGGUGUUCUUCAUGGCGCUGGGAUAAGCUAGAGCGAUUAGCUAACAUAUACGAGUGUUCUCAAAUGAAGUUGCAAGACCCUCCCUAUUAUACACCAAUUCAUCAAAACUGCAAGCACCACUCAAACUAUAAGAAAUGA